CAUGGCGCUGCCCUGAGCGAGAAGGUUCUUGUCGAGGCCCACUCUCAGAUCACGGGCAAUGCCUCCGCUGUCCUGGGCUGGCAGCUUGCCGGCUCUCAGCAGAGCAUGGCCCCUCUUCAGAUGGGAUGCAAGGACAUCACCUCUCUCGGCCAUGGCAACUGGAUCUCCGUCGGUCUCGACUCUGACGUGAUUGAGGACGUCUUCUGCACCGCUGCAAGUGCUCCUUCCAACGCUUCUGCCACUGCCCUUGCCGAGAUCAAGCUUUCAGUCACCGACAUCUUCAUCACUCAACUCCUCAACGCCUUUGGUGACAACAACGAGGCCAGUGCCCAGUGGCUCUGCAAGAACUUCAACUACACCACCAUGAACGACGAGCUGGCUCUCGACUCUGGCCGUGUCGGUCGCGCCUUCUGCCUGGACCGCCCUUACGGUACCGAUUGGGUCAACCCCACCCACGAGGUCGACAUCGUUGCCGACCCUCGCAUCUACGACUUGGCCUCUUACCUUGCUGCCAUUCUCUACACUUUCAGCGCCUCUUCUCCCACCGAGCGCUGGGUCAUGUGCGAGCAGUACCACUACAUGGCUCAGGCUCAGCUCAAGCUCGGCAUCAACUCGAACAUUGUUCGCGAGGAGCUCUGCGUCGACCACGACAUUCCUCUGAUGACUGCCCACCUUGUUCAGACCAAGAUGGCUGGCUCGUCCACCAACAUCUUCGAGCAGCAGCUUAUCGUUGCUACCGACGCUGCUGGUGAUGAGAAGAAGAUGACUUGGCUGUGCGAGAACAUCGAGCACCGCGACCUU